AUGGGCGCCCUGCAGUCCGGGCAGACGCAGUACUCUGAUCUGUCCGAGCAGACUGGAUUCUCCUUCGAGCAGAUCGCGGUGCUCCACAAACGCUUCAAGCAGCUGAGCCACAACCAGGAUUCUCUCCGGAGGGAGGACCUGAGUGCGAUCCCGGAUCUGGCGUGUAACCCGAUCCGUGCACAGAUCAUUGAGGCGUUCUUCGACAGGAGGAACUUCUGCAGGAGCGCGGAGGGCACUGUGGAGGAGGUGGGGUUCGAGGAGUUUGUGCUUGUGAUGUCACACUUCAGACCUCCUCGUCACAGUCUGACAGAGGAGCAGCGAGAGAGCGUGAGGAGAGACAAGCUCAGAUUUCUGUUCAACAUGCACGACAGCGACAACGAUGGAACGAUAACGCUGCAGGAGUACAGACAUGUGGUGGAGGAGCUGUUGUCUCGUAGCGGCGCUCUGGGGAAGGAGACGGCGAAGAGUAUCGCAGACGCCGCCAUGUUGGAGGUGGCGAGUAUCUCCGUGGGUCACAUGGAGCCGGACGAGUUUUAUGAAGGAAUUACAUUUGAUCAUUUCUUUAAGCUGCUCAGUGGCUUCGACAUCGAACACAAGAUGAGCCUCCGCUUCCACAACCUGGACGCCAGCUCGCUGUGCAAGUGA